CAGCAGCAGCAGGAACAAUAACCGGAGCGGAGUCACUGCAGUCCGUCGGUCGGUCAGUCCGUCAGUCGGUAGGUCCGUCAGUCCGUCGGUCGGUGCUCCUCCUCCCGGGUGUAGUCAGAGAGUGCAGCCGGAGGAGGGAGGAGGACGCCGGGCAGAGGGAUCAUGUCCUCCCCGCAGGUCUCCUCGUCCCGCAGACAGUCUUGUUAUCUGUGCGACCUGCCCCGCAUGCCCUGGGCCAUGAUCUGGGACUUCACCGAGCCCGUCUGUCGGGGCUGCGUCAACUACGAGGGCGCGGACCGGGUCGAGUUCGUCAUCGAGACGACCCGCCACCUGAAGCGGGCUCACGGCUUCCAGGAGAGCAGAUCUCCCGCCGGAGGACCUGCUGCUCUUCCUCCUCCUCCUCCUCCUCCUCCUCCUCCUCAGCAGCAGCAGCAGCAGGCCGCCGUGGUGAAGAGCCAGGCCGGGUUACUGAGCGGUAAGGAGCCGCUGAACCAGCAGGUGGAGGUACCCGGGAAGGCUCCGCAGCCCGGUCUGGACCGGUACUCGCUCGGUGCAGAUAGCCGGGCUCGGUUCGACUACAGCGGGCUCAGCAGCAGGCUGCCCAACGGGUUCAAACCCGACGACGGACCGCCAGAACUGAACCGACAGAGUCCAAACUCGAGGGGCCGGAGCCACGGCGGGCUGGUGUCAGCACCGAACCUGCUGCCUCAGACGCUACUGAACGGACCGGGACCGGGACCGGGACCGGGACCGCACGGCCUGACCGGCAGAACCCGGCAGAGCUCACUGGUCGGGGUCUCCCUGUCCGACCCUGCGGGGAAGCGGCCCGCCUCGGGGUCCGGGUCCGGGUCCGGGUCCGGGUCCGGGUCCGGCUCGGACCAGGAGCGGGAGCGAGAGCUGAAGGAGAAGCAGCGGAACGUGGAGGUUCUGUCCGAGCUGAGCGACAGCCUCCGGAACCGGCAGGAGGACUGGACCAGCCGGCCCAAGGUGGUUCGGGACUCGCUGGUCUCUCUGUCUGGAUGCACCCCGUUCAACGUCCGCUUCAAGAAGGACCACAUGCUGCUGGGUCGGGUCUUCGCCUUCGACGCGGUGUCCAAACCGGGUCUGGAGUUCGAGCUGAAGAUCUUCAUCGAGUACCCGAGCGGCUCCGGGACCGUGUUCUCCAGCGCCUCGGGGGUCGCCAAGCAGAUGUACCAGGACUGCAUGAAGGACUACGGUCGAGGUCUGUCCUCCGGGUUCAAGUACCUAGAGUACGAGAAGCAGCACGGCUCCGGGGACUGGAGGCUGCUGGGGGACCUGCUACCGGAACCACUCCGGUUCUUCAGGGAGACGGUGGGGGGGGACAUGCUGCCGGAGUCUCACACCGACAGCUGCUACCCGCUGCUGCCCGGCCGGGCUGCGGGUCCGGGUCCGGGUCCGGGUCCGGGUCCAGGCAGCUCCAGGGCCGGGCUGAGGAAGAGGAAGGCGGACCCGGACCAGGACCCGGACCCGGACCCGGAGGAGCAGCAGAGGCAGCAGUGGAUCAGCAGCCAGACUGAAGCACUCAAACUGUCCAUGUCUUCGAGCUCCUUCAGCCUCCCCCCCCCAGGCCCGUCCCCCCCGGACCCGGACCCGGACCCGGACCAGACCGGACAGUCCCCCAUGGCCGCGCUCAUGUCGGUCGCGGACACGCUCGGGAAUGCACACUCCCCCAACAAAGACCGGGACUCGGUCCACUCCACCACCUCGUCCUCCAGACACAACAGCAGCCCGGUGUCCCCCGCCUCCGGGUCCGGGUCCGGGGGACAGAGGCGGCUCUCGUCCCGCAACGGAGACCGGGAUCGGGACCGGGACCGGGACCGGGACCGGGACCUGGGGGUGUCCGCGGCGUCGCAGUCCGCCAGCGGCAUGGACCAAGUGCACGCGCAGAGCGUGCCCGACUCCCCCAUGGCCAACAGCGGGCCUCUGUGCUGCACCAUCUGCCACGAGCGGCUGGAGGACACGCACUUUGUCCAGUGUCCCUCCGUCCCCAACCACAAGUUCUGCUUCCCCUGCUCCAGAGAGAGCAUCAAGGCCCAGGGAGCAGCAGGGGAGGUCUUCUGUCCCAGCGGGGACAAGUGUCCUCUGGUCGGCUCCAACGUGCCCUGGGCCUUCAUGCAGGGAGAGAUAGCAACCAUCCUGGCGGGAGACGUCAAGGUGAAGAAGGAGAGAGACACCUGAGGAAGAGGAGGAGGUCUGUAAACUCUUCCUCUCUGUCAGUGGAGACCAUUUAAUCUGAAAACAUCUCUUGAUGCUGAUGGAGUGAUAUCUGGAUCAAUAGUCUGAUAUAUUAUUAUAUUAUAGUAUGAUAUAAUAUUAUAUAUUACGUCUCAUUUGCAUAUUUAAAUUAGGGCUGUUUAUUCCACAACAAUGAUCCACUAGCUGAACAUUAUCCUGAUUAUCACACAGCUACUGACUGAAGACAUCAAUGAUUACACACUAGAACAGUCCUCCAGAGUCCCACAUCAGAGCUGCGUCCAUAGCAACGGUCUGCUAUACAUAGCAACGGUCUGUUAUACAUAGCAACGGUCUGUUAUACAUAGCAACGGUCUGUUAUACGUAGCAA